ACAGUUCUUAUUAAGCACUAACCGUUGAAAGAUCAUCAUGAAAGUAUUCCUUGCUGUUUGUUUAUUCAUUGCCUUGUCUUCUGCCGAAUAUGUUGUAAAGACUCGUGAAAAUCUCUUGCAAUUCCGCAACGAAUGUGUGGCCGAAUUGGAAGUCCCCGAAAAUCUCGUUGAACAAUACAAGAAGUGGCAGUAUCCCGAGGAUCCUUUGACCAAAUGCUAUUUGAAAUGUGUCUUCACCAAAUUUGGUCUUUUCGAUGCUGAGAAUGGUUUCAAUGUCAAGAAUAUUCAUCAACAAUUGGUGGGUGUCAAUGCCGAAGCCGAUCACGAUGAUGAAAUCCAUGGAGAUUGAGCCUGUGUCGACAAAAACGAACAGAAAAGCGAUGCUUGUGAAUGGGCCUAUCGUGGUGCCACCUGCUUCAUUAAGAACAACUUGCAAUUGGUUCAACGCAGUGUUACUCCAUCUGCUUAGUGAUAUUUUUUUGUCCUUAUGUAAAAUUAAAUUUU